AUGUCUUCUCCCAAGACUCGUGCCCAGGGCUCAUCUUCCUCAGUUCCUCCUACUUACAUCACUGGGGCUGGGGUUGAUAAACACGCCAUUGAGGUUCGGAGCAAGUUUCACCCUUUUGCCCAAAAGAAUCUGGACAAGAAUGUCCUUCAUCUUUUCAAAAACACCCUGGUGCUAUGUCCUCACUGGUUUGGUCCUGUACCUGUCGAAAUGGCAAGCUUGUUUAAAGAUGAUGCUGAAGCUCCUCUGUGUUUCGAGAGUACCUCUACCCUGGCUUCUCACUCUUGGGUCAGCAAGAAUCUAAGCCGUUCGUUCCCCUCCAGUGAGAUGAGAAACAACUCUGUUAAGUGGGCAGAUUGGAUUGACAUAAUUCUUCCAAGAUAUGGGGCUCACUGGAAGAUGGCUGGAAUUUAUGAUGCCAUUCUCUUGUCCAAACAAUCCAUCAACAGGGACGAGAAUUUGCUUGCUGCUGCCCUAUGCUUUUGGAAUUUUGCCAGCAAUACGUUUGACUUCCGUGUAGGUCCAAUGACUCCAACUCUACUGGACAUGACUCAAAUCUUUUGA